AUGCUAGCAAGCUCCUCUGCCGAACAAAGCGACACAGAAACGGAAACUUCAUCGGAUUCAGGCUCUGCUUCCAGCGAGGCAUCGUCCGAGUCCUCCUCUGCAGAUCGAGACGGAGAUGCAGCGGCCCCAGCAGAAAGCGUGGAUGCAGCCUUGCGGAGCGGCGAAGAAGACGGAGGGCACGAGCACGAUGAUCCGAAGCCUGGAUCGGCGGCCGAACGAAACCGGGACAAAGAUGUCAAACCCGGGGCCCGGCCACUGCAGUUCCACGACGCGGGGGCGGAUGACGCACGGUACGCCCGGGCUUUGCAGAAGGAAAGAAAGGCCGUGCACGAGGAGAGGCGCAAGGCAAAGGCGGCGCAGGCCAAGGCAGCGGGCGACCGAAACCCCUUUCCGGCGGGGGAUGCGCAGCGCGGGCAGCACGAGUUCCUGAGUCGGUUGAAAGAUGCCGGAUUUGAAGAGACGUCGCAGAUUCAUUUGUGGACAGUAGAGGCAAAGAGUCAGCUCCAGGAGGCGGAGAGGCUGCGGAAAAAGCCGCAGUACAAAAUGAAGGACAGCGGUUUCUUCCACGUCGCCUACGACUACACCGGUAGACUUCUAAAGAGGAGACAGGCCCAGCUCGUUUUUCGCGACAAGGACGGACAAGAUAAGUACCUCCGCGGCUGGUGCGUCGUGGGAGCGACGCCGGCGGUGUUGCCCACGGACCUGCAGCUGGUCCGCUUUGUCUACAAGGAGGAGCUUGCGCGUCGGUUUGGCACGGGUAAAAACCAUAUCAGACGCAAAUAUGUCUGGGCCUGGAGGAAGUGUUUUGCGUGUUCGGUCUGGGAGACACAAAAGUCCCAGAAGUCUGUAAUUUGUGAGCAGCAAAAGCCACGCACUUUGUGGCGUCCCGAGGCAACGUGUGUCAUGCAGGAUAGGACUUGCAUUUGCGGACGCGGAGCCAUCACUUGCGGUGCUCGAGCGCGCAUGGCAGGCCCGUUAGGCUAUGCGAAGCCCGGGCGGUAUAUUUAUCUUGACAAAUGUUUUCAUGCAAAUUUUUGCAUGCAAAAUCAAAAAAGAUUUAUCUUGACAAAUGAUCAUGCAACCUUCCUCCAGAUCCGGGCCCAGACAUAUUUGCACUUGAUAAGCUUGCUGAUCCUUGCGGCGCACCCGGACAACUGUGAGCGCGGGGGCGCGGAUGAAUUCCGCGGAGGCGACUACGAUGGCGACCUGAACUGGGUCUGCUGGAAUACCGACCUCCUGACUCUCUUGGGCAAGAACGGCAGGAGCCAGAUCCGCUGCUGGAACCUCGGGGACGAUUACUGGGCUGGACGUGUGAAGCAGAUCGAAGACUUUCUGACGGACAGCACCAGAAAAGGCGACGCGGCUGACGCGGGGGAAGAAGAAAAAAAGCCCGGCGCGCUUGCGCAGCAGGUUGGCUCUACCGCGUCCUCCUCCAGUAGUGGCGCGACGAGUUCCAAAAACAGGGCCCCAUUGCUUGGUAGCAACAGCACGCUCGACGAAGACUUCGGGAUAGAAGAGAACUUGGCGCGCACCGUUGGGGAACUUGACGACGACAAUCUGCUUGAGGACGUCAUGCUUGCUGUGUUUCGACGGUAUACGCAACACGGUGGUGGGUUGCAGACGUCCAGCGGCAUAACGGGGAAAGUCACUGCGCGGUGGUUCAACGUCGUCGAGAAAUUCGGUCCUGCGCAUCCGCGCUCAAUCGGACUAGCUUGCUUGACCCGCGUUGUUCUGGACAUGAUUAAGGGAAAUUUGUCGCCAAGGCGCCUGGGCGAGCUGUUGCGGGCAGAGCAGUCACUGGGAGCGGUUCCGCUGGCCUCGUGGCGGACGGGCGAUCGGGCUAGAGCACAAAAAAUUCUGGAUGCCGCGGCGAUGAAGGGGCACGGAACGCUGAGCAUGCGAACGAAGGACGUCGAGAAAAGUGCUCGGGCGCACAAGUUAACCAACCGAGACAUUCGUGAAGUUGUGUCUGAUCUCCUAGCUGAAGAUCCGGAUUUGGUCGACGUUGCGGCCCCGGAGCAGGUGGGAUUUUCCAGUGCAGGGGACAAGGAUGAGCCGAGCCGCGUGGACACGGCUAUGCCAUGAAAAGCCCGUUUGUGCCUGAGUUGUAUAGUGCUUCAGUAUCUCGCUCUCGCCGUAAUUCUUUCCAGAAUGAAGGAGUGCGUCACUACUUACAUUAUUUGAGCGAGGUUGUGUAUUUCUCGCGACCGCUCCAUGCGAGAAUCAAAAUUAAAAACUUCAGACCCACGAUGAAAAAAUAGAUUGCCACUCAACCUCAAGAAGCAGCUGCUGGCGCAUAUAGCAGAUAACUCCGUGCAUGACUCAGGUACGUGCUUACUUUUUCACUUGCAUACCCGAAGCGGAAGACGAUCCUGACUGCGAUUUGGAGGACCAGGAAGUUUUCGACAACAUGGCAGUUUUCGGGCGCGACGAAGGCAGCGACGCGGACGGACCUCUGGAAAACGACUUUUAUCAGGACCUGUCUGCCGACGGUGAGGACCCUGCUCUGGACGCGCCCGAUGUCGAGCAUUCCCGCGGAUCCAGUUCGUCAACCGCAAGCGGCCCCGAGAAAGCGCGCACCGUGGCGAUCAUGAAUAACCUCCGAGCAUACAAACGCUACCGACAGCUCGGGCAUGGCAGCGGCGGGGCAUUCUUCGACAACCUUCAGAAGACGCUGCGGCAGUCUCUCGGCGUGCGGGAGCUCGCCGACUUUUGGCCGCUUGAAGAGGCAACUUCGGGAAGUAGUUCGGGUGCAGCGGAGGGUGAGAAGACGCGCGAGCGCAAUUGUGCAAUUGCGAUGGAGGUCUACCGAAUCUGUAUGCGGGAGAUCAAACACGAGCGAAAAAUGGAGCUUCGGAGCGAGCGGCAGCGGAAGAAGGGCCUGGCGCCGAACAAGACGAAGUCGCUCUGCACUAUGUUGAUGCCGCUGCUCAAAAUCCCCUUCGAGGUCUUCCCGACGGAGUUGCUCGCGAUAAAGACCAACGCCGUGCACAAACGCAAAAGGACCCCGGCGCGGUCGGUUGGGCUCAACUCCAAGCGAACCAUGCUGGCAGUCAAGCGGCUACGCUACUCGCAGGCUGCGAUCUCCCCGGAAUUCACGGACGGGACCCCCAUCCGAACAACGCGGGACGCUUUGGCGGCAGGCCUGUUGACACCGGCGGACUUCCCUCCCUUGGUGGUCUACCUCUGGGGCGGAGAGUACUGGAGCGCAGACAACAGGCGGCUCUGGUGCUUCAAGGAGGCAGCGAGGCUCCGAAACGACCGGGAAUCUUCGGCGCCGUGUAUGCUCGCAUACGUGGACGCGCUGCAGGGACGAAACCGAACAAAGCUGCGCGAAACCGCGGAACCGGGCGCCCUGUCGCUGGAAAAGCUAGAGAAGAAGGCGCACGACAUGACCAUGGACAUGAUCACUACAGAUCCGAAAGUGGCGCUGCACAUCAAACGGAUCCAAGAGCUGUGGCACGAGAAGAUGGGGGACGGUCUUGAUGUCAGAGUGCGAAACUACGACGGUGCGUCUGUGGAUGACGGAAGUGCUGCAGAAGUGAUAGAUCUCGUGGAUGAAGAGUCGGACAGCGUCGAUUGCGUGAUGUUAGACUAGACCUAGAGUUGAGACACACACAUGAAAAUAAAAAAAGUAGCAAGACAAUGGAUUGACCGGUAGAUUCUGAAACCAGUACUUAUAUAUAAUUCGUGACAAAAACAUUCAUUGCUGACACUGACUGACCCAAUAUUGAUACUCGUGACAAAAACAUUCAUUGCUGACUGACCCAAUAUUGAUAUUCGUGACAAAAACACAAACACCCACUGCUGAUCUGACUGUUACAGCCACUGCGGACAGCUUAAACUACUAUAACUCUUCGAAUAUACACAGCCCACCACCAUGUGGUUGAGAGACGAAAGGAAAAGCUAUUGACUCAUGAGCAGAUCAACAUGUGACCGUGAGCCAGUACAAGUGUCAAUAGAAGGUGAGGGCUAACC